AUGUCAGCCCUGCGCCCGUCGUCCUCGAGUACUCCAUCCUCGAGAGCGCAGGAUCAUGGAGAGCCUGAGGUCAUCCAGUUCGUCAACUGCCGCCUACUCCGAGACGGCAAGCUCGUCAAGGGAGAUCUCUGGAUAAACACCAAGAAUGGCACCAUUGGCUCUUCCAAACGAACCCCGGAUGCUGUCCGUGACCUCCAAGGAUGCAUCAUAGCCCCAGGCUUCAUCGACUGCCAAAUAAACGGCGCUAUUGGAUUCAACUUCUCAACCAUCCCCGACGACAUCUCCGACUAUCCUAAGCAACUUACCAAAGUCAACAAAUGGCUUGUCCAGACAGGAGUGACAUCUUACCUGCCCACCCUCACGAGCCAGCACAGCGAGGCCUAUCAUAAGGCUAUCCCAUUCCUCACCCCCACACCCCGACCAUCCCCAGACCGCGGCGCCUCAGUCCUAGGAGCCCACCUCGAAGGCCCCUUUCUAAACCCAUGCAAAUGCGGCGUCCACGACCGCUCCGUCCUCCGCACCGCCCAAUCCUACCAAGACCUCGACACGGUCUAUAACCUCUCCCGAGCCCCUCCCCACUCUGUCAAGAUGGUUACCCUAGCCCCUGAAGUCCUCCUCCAGGAAGGACCGGAAAUCAUCUCGACACUCACCGGCGACGGCAUCGUCGUCUCGUUGGGACACACGGCAGCCUCGUACGAGAAAGCCCGUGAGGCACUCGCUGCUGGCGCGAGAAUGGUGACACACUUCUUCAAUGCCAUGCCCCCUUUUGGUCACCGCGAGUCGGAGCUUAGUAUCGCCAACAUCAUUAUCCCGGCGGGGAAUGAAGAAGCUCCCAGUUAUGGCAUUAUUGCUGAUGGGGUUCACAACCACAAGUCAGCGGUUAUGCUGGCACACUCGGUGCAUCCGGAGGGGCUGAUCUUGGUGACGGAUGCGAUGCAUGUGCUGGGGUUGGGGGACGGGACGUAUCCGUGGCGGAAUGGGACCGAGAAGUCGAGUGUUGUCAAGUCUAGGGGGAGGGUGAUGGCUCCGAAGAUGGAUGAGGAAAAGAGAGAGAGGAUGGUGUUGGCGGGGAGUGCGGUGACGUUGUUGGAGUGUGUGAAUAAUUUUUUGGGGUAUAUUGAUACGACGAGUGUUGGUUUGGAAGGGGAUGAGGGGGAGAACGAGCAUAUUGUUUCGGCGUUGAUGGCGGUGACGGAGCGGCCGGCGAGGUUGUUGGGUUUGGAGGGGAGCAUUGGGACUUUGGAGGAUGGGACGGAUGGGGAUAUUGUUGUUUUGGAGAGGGUUACAGGGGAGGGGGGUGGGGGGAUGGUGUUGAAGUUGAGGGAGGUGUGGAAGCAGGGGAGGAUGGUUUUUGAGGGGGAGAAUUGGGGUGGUGUCUGGCGGCUUUAG